GUGUGUGUGGCCGGGUCAGUGUUUGUGUCGGUGGCGUCCGGGAGUGUCUGUGUCGGCCCCAUCACCCACCCACAUGUGAGAGCUACCCACGUUCAAGGGAAUUACCACCGAACUAGUGCUUGCGGGAGUUAAAGUGAGGCAUUGAGUGCAAAAAGUGGAUGAGUUUGAAGUGCGAUAGUGGCGGAAUCUGUCAGAAAUUAAUGUUAAGGCGAGUGCCCCUUGCGGGUGGAAUACGCUGUGUGUAGUAGGCCAAAACCUUGGAUGGGAUAAGUUGUACUCUGGACAUGGAUUAUGGUCUCCCUCUUCUCUGAUUCAGGUGUGGGCUGCUGGAAGUGAUGCCGAGCUCCUCCACCCACCACCACCCAGGAAUCCGUGGAUUAUGAUUGGGCAGACGGACCCGGUGUCCAGCCAACCAUGGAGCCCAAAUGACAUGAUGGUGGUAUCGGGAACGGUGAGACGCUUCCUACAGCUAGCGGUGCACAGGAGCGGCACGUAAGGCACUAUCAGCAGAGCUAGGGGUAUGCGGGGGACGGUGAAGCAGGGUAGCGGGGGUGGCGCCGGGGGUGUGAAGGAUGAGGGUGGUGGUGGCGGGGUGUUGAAGACGGGCAACAGUGGUGGGAGGCGUAGUAAGGCCAACAACACCCACGCUACAACACCCCUCACAACACCCACCAUCAAGCAGGAGCUGGGUGCAGAGGUCAAGCCUGACCCCGACGCUGCGACCGCCACCACCCCGUGUCUCAAUGGAGAUGACCUCGUGUCCAAGCCCACGCCCACCUGCCCAGGCAACAACAACAACAACAACACCAAUGCCAACAACAACAAUAAAGGAGCCACUGCCAAGAUCAAAACGGAAAUAGCUAAUGGAGGCCCAGAAGGAGAUAUAAAGCCCAGCACGACGUCAUCCACUACCACCACUACCACUGUCACCACCACCACUGCCACCACUACCUCCACCACCACUACCACCACUCCACCACACACUAGUGAAGGUUGUAACGUUAUGGGUGAGGUUGACGGGUGUAGAGUGCCGGGUGUCUGCGGGGGCGUUGGCAGCCUGGAGGGUGCCUCACUACCCCACCUCCACGCACCAGAUGGAGGGGAUGGGAGCGGCCUGGGCCCGGGCAUGGGCAUGGGGGUGAAGGGCGGGUCUGGGGCAGGAGUGUCGACCAGUGACGCACAGUACAUGCAGCAACAAAGCCAGAUAUUCGUGUUCACGACCCUCCUGGCCAACAAGGCUGCCGAGGCUGUUAUACAGGGAUCCUACAAUAAUAUCAUUGCCUAUCACUGUGCUCAGCCUGGCACAAAAAAAUUACUAGAGAAACACCCAUUGAAGACCACCCAGUUUGUCCGACAUAACCCAGCUCAUUGGUUGACCAACUUUGUUGUGAAAAACACCAAGGGAGGCCAUAUAAAAGGUCCUAUGGCUCCUAAUGGCCCUAUGAUGGCUAAUGGGCCCAUGGGACCUGGUGGGCCCAUGGGACCAUGUGGACCUAUGGGACCUGGAGGGGAGAUGGGGCCCAUGGGUGAAGGGCCUGGUGGAAUGAUGGGUCACGGAGACAUGAGCAGCCCUGGCAUGAUGGGUCCUGGAGGCCCCAGUGGUAUGAUGGGCCCAGGGCCUAAUGGUGGACCUGGAAUGAUGGGACCAAGAGGACCAGGCAUGAUGGGUCCUGGUGGCCCUGGAGGACCAGGGAUGCCAGGGCCACCAGGACAAAUGAUGGUGUCCAUGAUGGGACCAAGAGUACAAGGUGCCCCAGCAGGUGUUAAAGUUCCAGAUGACCACCUCACCCCAGAACAACGUCAGCAUCGAGAAGAACAAAUGGCUCGGAUACGUCACAUGCAAGCAUUAUUAUUACCAGAGUUACAUUCUCCAAGCCAAAGUGAUAAUGGUCAUCCUGGAAGCCAGCCUCCUUGCUCUCAAGGUCAAAGUGUAGCAAAUAUGAUGCCAUGUUCUCAAAGUCAAGCACCAUCACAAGUUUCGCAGUCCGGCCCAUCUUGUUCCCAAGCUACACCUGUCACCUGUAUGGGUCCUUCUCCUGUUAGUGGAAUGGGACCUUCUCCUGGCAUGGGCCCUAGUCCGACCAUGGGACCCUCACCGGGAAUGGGGCCUAGUCCAGGAAUGGGUCCAAGUCCAGGCAUGCCUAACACUAGUAUGGGACCAGGACCAGGCAUGGGUUCUGGUAUGGGUCCAGGGCCUGGAAUGGGCAUGUCACCAGGUAUGAUGGGUCCAGGUGGCCCAAACUCCAUGGUGUCCCAGAGUGGGGUAAUGAUGAGUCAGGGCCACAUGGGAAAUAACAUGAUGAUGACCUCACAGGCAAACAUGAUGGGUGGCCCAAUGGGUCCAGGUGUCCCAGGCAUGAGAAUGGGCCCUGGAGGACCUCAGUCAAUGAUGAUGGCUGGACCUAAUCCUGCAUCAUCCAUGGCAGCUCAAGCCGAAUGGCAAAGAUUGCAAGCAGAAUUUUUUGAAAGCAAGAGAAAAAAGGGUGGUCCAGGAUGCCCUGAUGGCUCCAUGGGCCCAAUGGGUCCAAUGGGACCAAUGGGUCCUGGAGGUCCAAUGGGUCCUGGAGGUCCAAUGGGUCCUGGAGGUCCAAUGGGUCCUGGAGGUCCAAUGGGUCCUGGAGGUCCAAUGGGUCCAGGAGGUCCAAUGGGUCCUGGGGGUCCAAUGGGUCCUGGGGGCCCCAUGGGUCCCGGGGGUCCAAUGGGUCCCGGGGGUCCAAUGGGUCCCGGGGGUCCAAUGGGUCCCGGUGGGCCAAUGGGUCCCGGUGGGCCAAUGGGUCCGGGGGGUCCAAUGGGUCCCGGGGGUCCAAUGGGUCCUGGUGGGCCAAUGGGUCCUGGGGGUCCUAUGGGUCCAGGCCCUAUGGGUCCAGGUGGUCCUAUGGGUCCAGGUGGACCUAUGGGACCAGGAGGACCAAUGGGUAUGGGCAGUCACAUGGUAGGAGGACCUAUGAUGCCUGGCUCUAUGAGUGGUAACAUGGGUCCUGGUGGCAUGCGUGGCAUGGGGCCUGGUGCUCGCAUGCAGGGGCCACCUCCCCCAUACCAUGGUCCACGUCCUAUAGGUAAUGGGCCCUUACCAUCCCCUGGGUCACCUUCUAUGUGUGCCAUGACAUCCCCUCGCAUGCCGGGAGGCGGACCGGGAGGGGGGAUGAGAAUGACUGGACCAGGUGACUCCCCCCGACCUCUAAACGCCAGUAACCCAGCCACUCCUGUCAGUGGUUCUAAUAUCACCAGUCCGUCACUUCAGCAGAAGGACCAGCAGCCCCACACACCACAGUCAGGAGACACGUCCUUUGGGAGACAGUUGCAAACCUUGGCUCAACAAAAACACCAGCAACCAGGACAGCAGCAGCAGCAACAGCAGCAACAGCAGCAACAGCAGCAGCAGCAGCAGCAGCAGCAAGGAGGGAAGGAACCCAACCUUAUGCCAGUUCCGUCUCCUCAACAGAUACAAUACCUCAGUACCUUUGAAGGUCAGGAACUGACCAUUCAGAAACAACCAAACACCAGCCUUCGUGACACCGAUAUUAUGUCUCCGUUAGACACGAGUGUAGAUGGGAGCAGAGUAUCUGGUCCAGGCACGCCCUUGGGUGGUCCCACAACCCCUCUCACCCCAUCCUCGGAGCCAACACCACGGUUCACAGGCCCACACACACCAGAUCGCUUCCCUGUGCCAUCACCAGGCAUGCCAGUGCCCUCUGCGCCGCACACACCUCAAGCAACACCAGAAAAUAAGGGAUCUCAACAACGGUAUACUGGUCCAUCACCGCAAGCUCAGUCAGCGAACUCUAGUGCCACAACAACCCCUACCAACAAUAAUAGCAAUAAUAGUAGUAACAACAACAGUAACAGCAACAGUAAUAAUAACAACAAUAAUAAUAGUAAUAAUAGUAAUAAUUCCAACAACAGUAACAGUGGUAGUCAAAGUGGCCCAAAAACUCCUUCGAUGGACUCUAGAUUUCCAGUGCCAUCACCUAAGACUCCCAGCAUGUGCAGUGGUCCAACUACUCCCAGUGGGGCUGACAGCAUGCCUCGAUUCCCAGGAGCUUCACCUCUACAGUCUGGCGGAACAGGGGGGCCCGGAAGCGAUAUGACGCCCAUAGGAGCACGAUUCCCUGGACCAGUGGGUGGACCCACGCCUGCAUCAGGAAAUAACAACCAAAUAAUGGGCAAGAUGAGUAGUGGGUUUUCUAUGUCUCCAGGCAAGAUUGCAUCUAUGGACAUGGCAGGAGACUUCCAUAAUCCAACUGCAGCCAACUUGCCCCUCAACCCCAACUGCAGCACACCGGGUGGUCUGCCUGUAUCAGGUCCUGGCAAGGUGUUUGACCCCAUCUCUUCUAUGGCUCAAAUGAGUCAGCAACUAACUUCAGGAGCUUCUGGUUCCUCACCUCCAGUGUCUUCUGCACCCACACCCACCAUGCCCACUGGGACAGGACCUGCCAUGGGUGCAGGUGGCUCAUCUGGGCCCAGUGGUCCUAACAUACCAAGUGGCCCAGGAAUGCCUGGUGGGCCUGGUAUGCCUGGUGGACCAGGUAUGCCGGGUGGACCUGGUAUGCCGGGUGGACCUGGUAUGCCUGGUGGACCAGGUAUGCCGGGUGGACCUGGUAUGCCGGGUGGACCUGGUAUGCCGGGUGGACCAGGUAUGCCGGGUGGACCUGGUAUGCCUUGUGGACCUGGAGGAAUGUCUACAGUACCUAAUAUGUCAGGACCUGGAAUGCCUGGAGGACCUUCCAUACCAGGACCUGGUAUGUCUCUCAUGCCAGGCGGGCCUGUCAUGCCUGGAGGGCCAGGUGGAGGCAUGAUGGAUGGUCCUGGAAUGGGAAUGGGGAUGCCUCCAGUAUCAUCAAGCCCAGGCAUGAUGCAGAGUCACGUAUCUAUCACCUCUCCAGUGUGCAGUGGUGGUGGUCCAAGAGGAACUUCUCCCAGCAGUAUGUCCAUGAUGGGUGGCCCCAACGCUCGAAUGGGUGGUCCUAACAGUAUGGUACGACCGCCCGCUCCUAACUGUACUAUGGCUGGUCCGUAUCCUGGUGCAAAUGUGCAAGUGAAACCAAGUGCUCCAAAUACUAUACAGUACCUGCCAGCUAGACCACAAAACACUGGAAAUGGUCCUAGAGGACCUCCAAGCUUGGACUUUUUACCAAGGUUUAAUAAUCCGAAUGUGGAUAGUAAAGUGCCCAAUUCACCAAUGUUCCCAAACAGUAGUACGCCUAAUUCUAUGUGUGGGUCCAAUGUGCCAAUGUCGACUAUGGCCAUGAGUGGGCCAUGCGGGCCAAUGACAGGACAUAUGUCUGGACCUAUGAAUGGACCAAUGGGUGGCCCAGGUGGACCAAUGGGUGGCCCGGGUGGACCAAUGGGUGGACCUAUGUGUACUAUGGCUGGACCUAAUGGACCUAUGGUUAAUAUGAGUAAUAAUAUGAGUAACAUGAGUGGACCUAAUGGACCUUUCCCCAUGUCUGGACCAGGUGGUCCCAUGUCAGGCCCCAAUGGUCCAAUGGGUAUGGGUCCAAAUGGUCCAAUGGGUGGCCACAUGGGAGGGCCAGGUGGGAUGAGUGGACACAGUGGGCCUAUGAUGGGCCCUAAUGGACCCAUGGGUGGGCCAAAUGGACCCAUGAUGGGCCCUAAUGGACCAAUGGGGAUGAAUCCUAAUAUGAUGGGUGGUGGCGGCAUGGGUCCUGGAAGUCAAAUGAUGGGGCCUCGUGGUGGGGGACCCAUGAUGCGUGGACCCAGUCCAGGUGGUAUGAUGGGAGGUAUGGGUAGUGAUAUGUAUGCCAUGGGAGGACCCGGCCCUAACAUGAGUGGAGGCCCUAUGUCCACUGGCCCAGGUCCAAACCCUGGUGGCCCUAAUCAAAUGUUAAGUGGGUCAGGCCCCAUGUAUGGACCUAAGACAUCUCCUGUGGGCAUGAACAUGGGUGGACCUAUGGGUGGGGCACCAGACACAGCGCAACCUCUUCCUCCAUCUAUGGGGCAAUCAGGUAGUUUCAAGAACUCUCCAUUUAUGGGUCCAACCACUGCUGACCCAACGUAUGCCGCCCAGUUCCACAGCUUCCAGCAGCAGCUGUAUGCCACCAACACCCGUGGGGGUCCCAGCAUGCCCAUGCCUGGAUCCAUGGGUGGCCCUGGUGGACCAGGAGGGCCUGUUGUAACAGGUCCACCAGGAGGGCCAGGCAUGCCUGGUCCUGGGCCUAUGCCUGGCCAGAGCUUCCCAUUUAACCCCAAGUGAGGCGUGGGGAAAUCUACCUCACAGGUGACCUGGUGCUAGCAGCUGCCGCCCAGCACACUCACCACUAUGCAACUCUACCCCUCCCUUCACCCCUGCUGGCCACCAGUGGUGGUGGUUGUGACGGUGGUGGUGAUCCUGCUCAAGUGUGGUGGUGGUGGUGGUGGUGGCGUGCCCCCUCCCCCGCGGCCCCUCGCCCCCCUGACCAGUGACCCGUGGCGGGUGUGAGGGUCGCCCCUCCCCACCCACCCGUGUGCCCGUCCAGUGGUGGGGUUGCCCCCCUACCCCGCACAGUCCACUCAGUUCUCACUUUUCAGGGCAACUUGUAAGUUUGUAGUUUCAAUACUGUUAAUGGGGUGCUUUGUAGUGUAAGUUAUUCUUGCUCUGUUCACCUAUCUGUCCUUCAGUGGUUGUUGACUGCUUGAAGAUUUAUUGCCAGUGCAGUGCUGCGGUGGAACAAAGGCGGUGUGACCCGGCUCAGAUGUGUGGUGCCUGGCAUGGGAUGGCCCAGCUCAUGUGCAGCGUCUGGCGUGGUGGCCCAGGCAGUGAGUGGUAUGAGCCGGCCUCCUGUAAGCCACACGUCGCUUAAGUACUGACUUCACUUAACAGUUGUUCUGGUGCCCCCUCAAGCAGCCCACAGAGGUGGUGGUGUUGCUCAGUGGCAUGGCCAGUGCCAUCACCAGUGCUGUGUGACGGUGCAGCUAAAAAACUUCGUUACUGUUGUUUUACUGGAAUCGUUAAUUUCCUAAAACUGACAAUCAGUCUUGUUGUCAUAUAUAUGUGUGGGGAGGGGGGAGAUUUUGAUUUUCUAUUCGUGGAGUUGUGCUGUAUGAUGAGUUACGUGACAGUAAAUGAUAUAUAAAGGCAGGUUUGCCGUGGUCAUUUCCAGCAUAAAAUGCGUCAAGGAAGGUGCUUAUACGUCUGCCCCGCUGCACUGGUUGAUCAAAAUGUCUAUUAUGACAUCAGCAUUGUACAAAUUGUUGAGCCCUCUCUCAUGCCACACUUACAUCCACUGCAAUGCAAUAUUCAUGGAUGCAGCUUAAAUGAUGAAAGUGAUUUUUUUUAUGGAUGUUAAACUCCUGGUUAAGUUCAUCCCUUGAAAUGGUGACUAUUUGUCUGAUCCCUUCUUUGUAUCAUUGUAAAGUUUGUAUUAUAUGUAAGUUUUGUGUUUUCCUUUUUUGUUGUUUUUUAAGGUCACACUUCUGAAGCUACGGGCCGACCCUGAUGUUUUGGCAGUAUUUUAGAAUGUAACUUGAAGGAUGUGAACAUUUUUAUUAUUGACAAAUUUUACAUAAAAUAAUUUUACAAGAA